AUGGAUAAUGAUUUCAUUCCUAGCAUUGACCCUGAAGAAAUAAAACAUUUUCUUCAUGGACUUGGUUUGAUACCCAUCGAUGAAUACUAUAUACAAUUAAGACAUAUGUUGAAACGUCAUGAACAAUCAUCAAAAAUUACAUCUGAUCAAAUACAAAGAAAAUUAGCUGAAAAUGGAAUUCAUAAAGAUGAUUUAUCAAAAAAUCUAUCCUUAUUAUGUCCACGAAAACGAACAUCGUUUUCACCAGUUGUAACGCGUAAACGAGGAAAAGCAAUUAGAAAACGAACACCAUCUACUACUAUAACAACUACAGUUAUUACUUCAACAACUGUAGAGAAUAAUCAAUCGCCUACAGAAAAAUUAAUCGACGAAUCAAGUACAAUUGAUUAUGAUCAACCAUUAGAUUUGCGUCUACGAAGUAAAUCAUCGAGUAAAUUUUGA